AUGUCCGCGCCCGCGGGACGAGGCGGAGGCCGCGCCCCCUCGAUGGCGGAGCAGCUGGCGGCGAUGCGCGGCGGGAACGCCGCGUACGGCGCGGCCGCGACCGCGACCGCGCCGUCCCCGUCCCGCGCCGGGUUCACGACGAGCGCGAACCCGAUGUACGACGUCGAGGACGGCGACCGCGGCGGCGCGGAGGGCGACCGCUCGCCGCUGCUCCCGCGAGGGGGAUCCGGAGGCGACGGCGCGUCGGGGUCGCCGCAGACGCUGUCGCCGCGACGCGGCGGCGGCGGCGGCGGCUCCGGCGACGACGCCGGACCCGGAGUCGCCCGCCCGCCGCGUCCCGCCGCCGCGCCCGGCAGCACGAACCGCUUCGCCGCCGCCGCCGCGGAGCGCGCGCGCCUCGCGGCCGAGCGCGCGCAUCAAGACGCGGCGAACGACGCGUCGGGAUUCGAUUCGGCGCGCGGCGGCCGCGGCGCCGCGCAGUCCAACGCGUCGCGCGCGACGUCGCGGAGCGGGUCAGUCGUCUCGGAGCCGCACUCGCAGAGCGCGGGGGGGGUCCUUCGAGAUCCGCAGACGGCGGCGGCGGCGACGACGCAGCAGCAGCAGCAACAGCAGCAGCGGGGACCCCCGUCGUCCCAGGGAGGAGGAAGCCAACAACGCUCGCGGCCGCCACCGCCGCCGCCGCGAUCGGGUCCGCCGUCGACGACGUCCGGCGGCGGCUGGGCCGCGCCUUCCGAUAUGAUGGGCCCGCCGCUCGUACCGAUGAUGGCGCGAGAGACGCACUUCCCGAUGGACACGCGCGGGUUGUCGAAGCCGAUGCCGGCGCCGACGGGCUACACCGCCUUCACCGCCGCGACGGCGACGGCGAACGCGACGGGCGGGCCCGUCGCCGUCGUCGAUCCGUUCGACGACAAAAACGUCCUCGCGGUGAAAAAAAAAGAAGAGAUAAGCGACGACUUUUGGACCAUCAACCACAUGAAGCUCUUAUACCUCAUCUCGAAAUACUCGCACUGCGCGCAGACCGUGCACGAGAAGGAGCGGUGGAUCCGCAAGCUCCCGAUGCUGGUGCUGUUGUACGAGGGCAUCAUCUCCAACGUGUUCGAGUACGACUACGCGCCCGCGUCGGAAGUCGUCGAGACGACGCGCGUGUAUAUGAACGUGACCCAAGAGGGCAAGGACGACCUCGACGACCUCGUGGAAGGGAAGCUCGUGAAAGGGCUUCGGCUGAGCACGAAAGAGCACCAGAGCGUGACGGCGUAUCAAAUCUCCCCGAGCGGGCUGCAGCUGAUAUCCAAGCGGCUGCCGGACGAGGAGCGACAGCUCGUGGACGACCUGUGCGUCGUCGACGGGAAGCUCCUCCAGGUGGUAUGGGAGGAGGACAAAUUCCUUCUUCGAACGAUGACGUUCUCGCGCGAGAGCAGCAUCACCGACGCGGAGGACGUGUCGUACGUGGUGUCGCCGUAUCUCCCGCGGUCGCUGCGAAGGGUCGGCGGACCGGUGAUGAGCAGCAACGCGCACCGCGCGUCCGAGAGCGCGUCCAAGGAGAGCACGAUUCGCGACGACCUGGACGAGGUCAUCACGCUGUCGAACGUCACGAUCUUGAUCGGGGAGUGGAUCCCGUUCGGGGCGAACCAGGUCGUGGAGUUGAACCUGAAGCUCGGGUCGAACGAGCGGUGCCAGGGCGGGUACUUCACCGCGCAGGUGGACGACGACUCCACGAACACGCAGUGCGAGGUGCCGACGGGGUUGACGUCGGUGCAAAUCUUGGAUCACGACAUGACGCGGUUCACGAACCUCGAGGCGGAGGUGUACUACCCGGAGGAAGACGGCGUCGUGCAGAUCGAGCACUUCGGGAUACACACGCGCAUGGACGGCACGGUCGUGUACGGGCUCAUGAUCGAGAGCGUGAUGGACCGAAUCUUGGAGAACAUCUCGCUCGAUAACCUCGCGCGGCUUCUCGUGGACGUCCACGUGGACUCGUCGCGCAUGAUGGAGUCGCUCCUGUCGAAUCACCAGCGCGAUCUGCUCGACAUGAUCUUCCUCGGGAACACCGGGAACCGCCCCAAGGUGAACGUGAUAAUCGCGGACAGGGUCGUCCCGAAGCAAGCCGCGGAGCGAUACCUGGACAAGGACGCGUUCGAGAACGAGAUCCGGCAGGUCAUCGGCGACACGUACGAGGCGCACGAUCUCGGCGAGAACGACGUCGUCAUCACCGGCUCGCACGGGAUCAUGCUCGUGGGGCCGCACUCGAAGAUGCAGGAGGGCGUCAUGCUGGCGUUCUUGUCGUUGCGGAGCCGCGACGUGUUCGUGCAAAACGUUUUCAACCGGCUGUUCAUCAUCGACGACGUGCUGAAGACGACGCGGACGAGCAUCGCGACGUACGAGCAGGACCCGAACAGCGUCCCUAAGAUCCGCGCGGUGCUCUCGGAGACGUCCAAGGACAUCAUCCUCCUCGAGGAGGUUUUGUUGUACCUGCACGAGUCCUUGGAGCAGGACACGUCCAUCUACGCCGAGCCCGUGGACGAGGCUGGGUACAAGCUGUACCAGGUGUUGAAGGUCAAGCUGAUCUUGAACGACCUGCAGAUUCGCAUCUCGGAUAUGCAGAAGGUCUUGAAAGGCAGCCGGCACGAGGUGAACGGGCUGCGAAGCAUGACGGACACGAUCGCGGAGACGCAGAUGUUCCGGUUGCAGGAAGAGAUUCGCGGGAACAGCAGCGACAUGCUGCAUCAGUUGAAAGUCAACGAGCGCGCGGCGACGUCGAUGGACAUGCUCCAAAUUUUAUUCGCGGGGCUCCUCGCGUUUGCCAUCUUGGACCGCGUCACCGGGGAGUGGACCGUCGUGCACACGACGUGGGCGCGCGAGUUCAUCGUCGAACCGUUCAUGAACAAGCCGAUGCUGUGGUUUCUGAUCUCCAUGGUGGCGUGGUUCCUCGUCGGGCGGACGGUUUUUUGGGCGAUGGCGGAGACGCUCGACAAGACGGGCGGCGUGAUCACGUUCCGGGUGAAGGUCAACAAAGCGAUCGACCUGAACGCGCUCGACGCGUACUUGUCCAGGAAAGCGGUGACGUCCGAGGACGGCGACGCGGACUCGCUGAACGCGAACCAGAAGGUGUCGUGGGUCGAGAAGGACGCCGCGAAGUGGGAGGGGUACAAGCCGAAGAUCGAGAUGAACUACGACUUGAAGUUUGGUUUCCUGCUCACGGUGUACUUGCAAGUGUCGCGGCGCGCGUCGAAGCCCGCGAAGCUGCGGCCGGAAACGCUGAAGAUGCGAUUCUUCACGGAGCUCCAGGAAGCCGGGAUCAUGGCCCCGGACGACGCCGCGGAGGUGAUAGACAACACGCGGCGGCGGCAGACGCGCGACGACGAGAUGGUCUCCGUCGAAGACGCGACCGUGUUCUUGAAGGUUCGCGUCCCGGGCGAGCGGCAUUACCGCGAGAUUCCGUUCGGGCGGCAGAGCUACUUGGAGCUCAGAGAAGAGAUCGCGCACAAGUUCGAGUGCAAGCCCGUGCACGUCGUGCAGGUGUUCAAGGAGCCGGACAUCCUCAUCGCCGACGACGACGACGUCAGCCGGUUGAAGCCCGGGACGAUCUUGGAGGUGAACAUAAAGAACUACAAGGGCGUGGAGAAGAAGCUCAUCGGCGAGGGGCCGGAGGACUACUGA